CUAGUCUUCCCGCCGCCGCCUCCAGGUUUCGGGGACACAGACGGAGAGAGUCCGCCCGCCAUUGUCCCGAUGGGCUCGGCCCCUCCGCCCGCGGCGUCGGCCUCGUCGCCGUCGUCGUCCCGGCGGCACUCGUGUUACCUGUGCGACUUGCCGCGGAUGCCGUGGGCGAUGAUCUGGGAUUUCUCUCAGGCCGUGUGCCGGGGCUGCGUCAACUACGAGGGAGCGGACCGGAUCGAGCUGGUCAUCGAGCAGACCCGGCACCUGAAGCGGGCCCACGGCCUCCCAGCACCGGGGCCUGCGGCACAGGCCCAGGCCAGGCCCCGGACUCCCCUCCCGCCUCCACCCCCACCCGCUCAUCACCAUCACCGGCUCCUCCUGGGGGACUACCCGGGGCCCGAGGCUCCCCCUCCGCCGCCUCCACCGUCCACCGCCCGGGGCCGCCCGCUCCUAGGCCUCAACCCGCGCUCCGGCCCCCAGCUAGGCCUCGGCCUGGGCCUGGAGUUAGGCCGAGGCCGGCCCGAGUUGGAGAGGGCCCUCCGCGAGAAAGCGGGGCCGCUGCAGCCGCCCGGAGCCGAGGCCGCUCUCUCGGAGCUAGGCCGCGCCCUGAGGCACCGGGCCGAGGAGUGGGCUGGCCGCCCGGCUGCUGUCAGGGACUCGUUGCUCGGCCUUUCCGACUGCGCUCCUUUCCCCCUCCGGCUGCGGACCGAGCCCACCCUCCAGGCCCGGGUCUUGGCCUUUGACGCAGCUGAGCGCUGCCCGGACCGGGCCCUGGAGUUGCGGCUUUUUAUCGAGUAUCCGAGCGGCUCCGGGGCCGUUUACUCCGGCGUGACCGAGGCUGCCCGUCACAUGUUGGCCGACAGCGCCAAGGAAGCGCUGGCCUCAGGCCCGGCCCCGGGCCUCGAAUGCCUCGAGUACGAGAGGAGGCCCGGGGCCGGUGACUGGAGGCCCCUGUCCCAGCUGCUGACCGAGGCCGCCCGCCUCUUCAAGGAGGCUGUGCCCGCCGAGCUCCUGCCCGAGCCUCACUCCGAGCCCGGGCUCAGCAGGCCUCCUCCCCCUUCUCGGCCGCUCGGCCCACCUCGGCGCCGCAAAGCUUCCCCAGAGCCUGAGGCUGGCAAAGGCUUGGCCCCAGGGGACCCCCAGGCCUGGCCACCUGAUGGUCACUCUCCGGCCGGCUCCUCCAGCUCGGUCGCCGAUCCCCUGCUCCCCAAAGAGGCCGUGCACUCCACUACCACGGCCCCCAGCCAGAGCGGCCCGAGGCGCCUGGCUUCCCGCAACGGAGGGGAGGCUGAGCCUGGAGCUGAGCCUCAGCCGCCUCCUCCUGCUGCACCCUCGGCCCAGCCCUCAGCUGCAGCCCCGGACUCCUCCAACAGCCCUCUCUGCUGCACCAUCUGCCACCAGCGACUGGAGGACACCCACUUCGUCCAGUGCCCCUCGGUGCCUGGCCACAAGUUCUGCUUCCCCUGCUCCCGGGAGAGCAUCAAGUCGCAGGGGGCCAACGGCGAGGUCUACUGCCCCAGUGGUGACAAGUGCCCGCUCAUUGGCUCCAACGUGCCCUGGGCCUUUAUGCAGGGAGAGAUUGCCACCAUCCUGGCGGGAGACAUCAAAGUGAAGAAAGAGAGGGACCCCUGAGACACGGAGAGAGCGAGAGACUGAGCUGCUUGGGGUCGAGGAGCCUGCUGCCUGUAACUCUUCUUUGGAAACCUCCCACCCUCCUUGCCCGCCAAUGGGCCGAGAGGUUUCUGCAACCAAAAAGAUUUUUGAAAAGACACAAAACAAUGGGAUUGACUUGCCCUCUCUUUGGAAGAUAAACCCUCACACCCCUCCUAGGACAGACUUUACUGAGCAAAAGAGACAGGGAAGUAUCAUUCGCCAUCGUGUGACCUUGCCCCAUGACUAACAUUGGCACUUAAGACGCUUGUGCGUACCAUGGAGGAUGGGGAUGUGGCAGAGUUUUAAAAACUCCUGAGAUUUCGAUGUGCCAGAAACUCUUCAAGUUGUUGUAGCGGUACCUGUGUCGAGGUUUCAAGGUGCUACGUGGGAUUAGACGACCCAGUUGUUGACACUGGUUUUGCAUUAUCUGUACACAUCCAUCAGACUCUCUGGACAACCACUUUUUUUGUAUAUGUGUGUUUGUGUUUUGUAUGUGUGUGUUUUUUAAACGUUGUGCUGUAUGAUCCCUCAAACCUUCCAAAGGCGGGAGAAAAAUGCUUCCGGAGGUGCCUGUGAUGUCUCAAUGCGACCUUUGCUCUCAAUCUCUUCCCACACCUCCUCUUGCUCCCCAAGCAGUGCCUGUUUGUGUACUGCCCCCUCACUCUGAAUGGAGAGCCGCAAUAAGUUGACUGUUGCCGAGUAUUGGUUGCAGGGGCUGACACACCAGUACCUUGCGGAUUCAGACAACGCUGUAUCAUCUUUUGAGCAAUGACAGUUGCCUUUUUAAGGGAAGGUCGCUGUAGUUGUUGGUUUGGCAGGGCUGCAUGUGCGUGUCGAGAGCUUGAGUUGACAUGGUUUUAAGCUAUUCGAUGGGGUGGCAGGGAAGUAUUCCUAUUGCCAACAUCGCCAUGCGACACAACUCUGGUCCCGAGGCUCAGUUGGAAAAGGCACAGAGCAGCUGGGAAUGUGAUGGCAGGUCAACCGGGGCUGCACUGAGCUGUUUGACCACAGCUUCAGGACAGUGACUUGAUGGGAAUCCUCAAUCGGCCUUUGCACCCUUUUCCCUCCCCAUUGAAUAAGAAAGAGACUCUCCCCUGCUGGCUGUCAUGCAGUAUUGUGGGCCAUGUAUCUUGAGCGAGAGCCCAAUCACGUUUACCUGUGAUACUUCCCAGAGUUCAGUGGCCUGUCUGAAUUCGUGCCAUCUGAGGGUCGGCCACAUGAGGCGAUUGAGGGUAGUGUCUUGUUUCCAAAAAGGUCAGUUGCCAUGUGAGAGGAGGGGAGAAGGAUUGGGAGUGAGGGAUUCUCACUCAGUGAGUGGAUUUUUGUCACCCUCUUCUUGGGGUUGCUGUUUGAAUCUGUGAUGGAUCAGAUAAGUCAUUUGUCUUUGUGAAGUUUAUCUUUUGCUCUGUGUUACCGUCGAACUCAAGCAACAUAUUAAAACCCCCAACUGACGUGCUUUCAUGUCUUUUAAGAAUAGUGUGUGACACCUCGAGGAUGAGGUGGAGAAAAGUUCUGUCAUUGAUCAGCUCACGAACCACAGCACUGAGCCUUUCAGAUGAAGAUGGAUUGAGCUGCCCCUGAGUGCUGGCAUUAUCUGUACCCUGCAAGACUCUGUAGAGUCCACAGCAUUGGUCGGUGUUUUUGCAAUUGGAACCACAGUCACUCAGGCUACUUCAGAUGUGUCCUCUGACCCACUUGCUGUCACUUGUGUGACCAGUUUGGUGCACCUUCGAAGGGCAGUGUGAGUCUGACUUGUAAGUGGGGGAGAUAUUAAUAAAUAUUGUAAGGGGAGUGGAGAACUGUGGUGUCUGCCAUUUUGUUUGAUUACCUCUUCUUGAGUGUGUUUAAAAUGCUACUGUUUUUUUUCUGAAAACAAAAAUUAUGAAGCUACUGCGCCAUUGCAAGUAACAGUGAGCAUUUGAAGAGGUUUUCAUUUUGUGAUCUGAUACCAGUGUGUUGUGCGUUCUUCAUGUGAUUGUACCGGCUGUUUCUUCCCCCCCUCUGUUGUAAUAAUCUGUAAUUACCUUAGCUUGUGAUAAUCAUGGUUUAACAGAAGAUUUUUUUUAUAUUUAAAUUCAAAACCCCUAUGAAAUAAAACCCUUUUUAACUGGGA